AUGGCACAUGCACACACACAUAUGAAAACACAUGAGCACAAGCACACACAUGUACACCUAAAUGCACACAUGUGCAUGCACAAAACAUGCACACAUGUACACCUACAUGAACAAUACAUCCACACACAUAUGCACCUACAUGUAUGCACGCACACACACAAACCCACACGUACACAUGCCUACACAUACAUACCAUACACCUAUGCAUACACUCACAUAGAAACCCAUAUAUAUAUGUGGCCUCUCCUGUAUGUCUGA